UUCUCACAGGACCUUAAGGGAGCACUCAGUAAGGCAGCCUUCCUUCUCUCCAAGCCGGGUGGGGGGGAUGCACUUCCAUUCUGCCGCUUUAAGGGGAAGCAAAGAAAGCUGUCUGUCGACCCCCCAAAUAGGGGAGGACACGUUAUCCCCGCGUAGACAAGAGUGUGGCGGGGAGCCGGUGCAGUGCGGCCCUUUCGCUGCUCGGCUCUCUCAGGCUGGAGACACGGUUUCUGACAGAGCUCUUGUCGCUGAGGGACGCCCCAGAGGAGAGGCCUAAGCGCUCCGGUUCUUCCUCGCAGACAGCGAAGGAGGCUGCUGCUGCAAUUGAAACAGGAAGGCUCGGAGGUAUGGAACCACCGGGCGUGAAGCUCUCCAAUGCGGAGCUCAAGGAGGAGUGCAUGCUGCUUCCCAUCUCUGUUUUAUCAUCACAACAACAUUGUGAGAUCCUUGGCCAUGGAGACUAUGACUCUGAUUUUAGUGAUGAUGAAACAGGAGAGAAAUCUGACCAGCGGAAAAAUAGGAAUGAAGAUGCAUUACUUAAAAAGCCCUUCCAGAAAGAAAAGCAGAGCAAGAUGGCCCAUAGACAAGUGGCAACAGAUGAAUGGGACAGGGAAGAAGCAAGAAAUCGAAGAUUUCAUUUCAUAGCAAUGGAUGCUUAUGCGAGACAUAAGAAAAUGGUGAAUGACUAUAUUUUAUACUACGGUGGUAAAAAAGAAGACUUCCAGCGUUCAGGCGGAAAUGACAAGACUGACCUUGACAUUGUAAGGGAAAACCACAGAUUCCUGUGGAGAGAAGAAGAUGAAGUUGACAUGAACUGGGAGAAGAGGCUUAGCAAGAAAUACUAUGAUAAAUUAUUCAAAGAGUAUUGUAUAGCAGAUCUGAGUAAAUACAAAGAGAAAAAGUUUGGAUUUAGAUGGAGACACGAGAAAGAGGUUGUAUCAGGAAAAGGUCAGUUUUCCUGUGGAAGUAAGCACUGUGAUGAAAAAGAAGGCUUGAAGAGUUGGGAGGUGAAUUUUGGUUAUGUUGAGCAUGGUGAAAAGAAAAAUGCACUUGUUAAAUUAAGGCUCUGUCCAGAAUGUUCUUACAGAUUAAACUUUCAUCACAGGAGAAGGGAAGUCAAACCAACGAAAAAGAGAGCAAGGGCAGAACAAAGUUCCACAGUGCUAGAAUCUAAGAAGACAAGAUUGUCUUCACCACACAAACACAAGUCAAAGAAAAAAAAGAGUCAGAAAGGUCAGGCACUGGUAGACGAAUCAGAUUCUGAUAAAGAUUCAGUCAACAGUGAUGAGAAAGAUGGUUCCUCUGAUGCAGAUUUUUGGAAGGGUCCACCACAAGAGACAGAAGAAAAAACACGGGAGGAAGAAUUUGAUGAGUACUUUCAAGACUUAUUUCUCUGAAAUGUAAUGUGGAAAUCUGGAACAUGAAUAAACAAGCAUCAAGUUUUCCAAUUUCAUACCUCACUUUUCUUUAAAUAUGGUUUUAAUUGUAACAGGAGUUAUCCAGCACAUCUCUUCACUGACUUGUAUAUUUGGCAUAAGACAGCUUUCUUUUCUUGUAUUUUUUUCAGUAAUGUAGACCAAGCUAUGAUAUCUAGUCAAUAACUUUUGUAAUAUUCAGCCUUCUAUCAAGAAGAUUUACAGCAGUUUAUUCAUGAUAGCCCUCAAAAAACACCAAAUGAACAUGCAGAGACAAAUGACAGUUGACUUUUGGCCUAAUCCUAUGAACUUCUAUUGUUUUGUACUUCUGCAUUCCUUCGGAGUCACCCAUCAUCACUGAUACCUCCCUCUUUUUCCUCAAUGAUCCUGUUGUGGCUCCAAUCCUGUUAGCAGUCAGUUUGCUCUGAGAGGGCAUGAUUAACAUUGGUGAUCAAACGUAAGACUGCUAUGAGCACCUGUUUGGCUAAAUCUUUCUGAAGUAUAGGUACAUAAGACUGGGAACUGUCACAUUUUAUUUUAAUGAACAACUGAGAUGGCUUGAAGUGAACAAACAGUAAUCUUGCUUUAGAAUGUAAUCCUGAGCAUGCAACAAGAUAAGGGCACACAACAUUUGAGCCUGGUUCUUUCUCCCCUGGUUCAAAUUACAGCAUAGGUUAAAUCCAUUCUGCUAUAUGUUUCUAACAGUUAGUUUGGACACACACACAAAAUCCCUAUAUUGUUUGGUUCCUGAGCAAAGUGAAAUCAGGUGUAAGGUUGUUUGCGUAUUUUUGCAUGAUAUUUACAUUUAAUCCAAAUGUGAAACAAUGUGGGGAAAACAACGGUAUGAAAAAUUGUGUGCCUGUCAUUUGGACAGUAGACAAUUGAAUAUGCCAGACACAAAAAGACGUGAAGUUUUAAAAAAACAAUGUUAAUAGAACACAUUCAUAUUAUAUUCAUGAACAUGUUUUACCAUGGUGCACAGCUCAGAUGAAUAUCAGUACAUCUGCACAUUUAACGUUACUUCAAUAAUUACAUUUUUCACAACUGAUGGAUACAGAAGGAAAGGCAAUAUAAAGAUAAUCAUCAUCAUUAAGGGUGUCCUUGAAGAGCAAAGAAAGGUAGCCGCCUUUGUGUGAAGGCUUCUUUAGGUAAGAAGGUGGAUUUAAAGGUUAAUUCUUUGUCAUCUUGUAAGUUUGGUUGGGAGCUAAAUCCAAUAAGCAGCAGUCAGCUAACAUCUGUGUAACUUGUCUCUCAGGUCUUUGGAAGAAUGUAUUACCAUAUCUGUUGUAAAAUGCCUGUAGUGAGUGUUCAACUUUUCUUGUAGAUCUUCAGAGAGUAGUUAUAAAAAAGUAUCCAGUACAUAUUUAA